AUGUUGCCGUUGUCGCUGCUCAAAACGGCGCAAGGCCAUCCCAUGCUAGUAGAGCUGAAGAAUGGCGAGACGUACAACGGGCAUCUGGUGAGCUGUGACACGUGGAUGAACAUCCAUCUGCGCGAGGUCAUCUGCACGUCCAAGGACGGGGACCGUUUCUGGCGCAUGCCGCAGUGCUACGUGCGCGGCAACACCAUCAAGUAUCUGCGCGUGCCCGAUGAGGUGGGUGGGUGGCCGGGUGGGGCUGGGGAAGAAGGGAAGAGGGUGGUGGUUCCCUGUGUCUUUUUCUGCACGUGCGAGGACGGAAGCUGCUUCUCACGUGGUGUGUGCUGUGAGCGUUAA